ACCGCAGGCGGGGGCUUCAUUCGGGUGCAGCCAGCUCUGUUAGCGGUGUUUCAAAUGUGCGCCUGUACAGCCUUGUCCCAUCAGCACGGCAGCGUCUGCUCUGUGCUUCAUCCUCGGUCCUCACCGCAUUGAUUUGCAUCUGUCUGUUUUGUAGAGUGAGAUGAAACAUUUCCAUGUAUCCCAGUAUCUGUACAGAAUAACCCCGACGCAUCCAAACGUAAGGUGGAUAUUAUCUCAAUUAGUUACAUUUCAAGCAUUAGAGCUGCAUGACUUGUGCUGGCAGAAGGGCUGUGCCCGUGACAUUGUGUCUCGGAGCAAGCCCCCUGCUAAUUAUUGGUGCUAAAUCAAGCCUCAGGUUUGCCUGUAGGAGCCCUGACUUGCUGAUACUUGGACUGUACCAAGCUAAUACCCUGGGCAUCUGGUUUAACCGAAAAUAUCAAACCACUGUGAAUCUCUUCUGCCCCAGACAGAGCACUGAUGUGAUCCUAUCUAUGCCGUUAAUUGGUUCUGCAUUCCUGAGUAAUGCUCAUCUCCAUUUCCAGUCUACCUAACCUUAGGUACUUGCAGUAACCACGCUGUGCAGCGCCGGUCCUGCUCUGUGUCAGUGUGCACUCAGUGCAUGGAGGCACCACAGCUGUGCAGAUAUGGGCACUCCACGCCUGAUGCUGUGGGCAGGGUGGGUGCUCACAGCCCCUGUGCUUCUGUUCUGAGGCAGUGAUGCCCAGCUGCCAGCACAGCCAUCAGGAGCUGCGAGGCUGGCAUGGCCUUUUGUUAGGAGAGCGUCUCCUCUUGACGUGGAUACUUACGGUGAAAUAUGAAGAGUAUGUAAAGCAAUAGGUUGUGGUAACUGCCAUGUGAUACCUGGAAAGGGUGAGGGAAAGAAUGAUCAGGAAAGCAAAAUGAUGCUUUCAAAUGUCCGUGAUCAGAACAAGGCUGGUUUUAAAACCAUUAGAAAAGAAUACAAAUGCAAGUGUCCCCACAGAUGGCUAUUUAGGCUGGCUGUUAGGAACACAGUUUAGCAUUAGGUAACGAGAUUGUUUUACCCCACCUGACACUUGGUCAGCAUUAGCAAAUUACAAAGAAAAGUUUUCAUUUGGGUCUGGAAACCCCACCAAAUGCUGCCUAACAGAUAACCAUCAUCCAAAAUGCUACUUCCAGGCCAAGCUCUGGACAUCCCCUCCAAACUGCUCAGCCUUCAAAGAGACGUGGCUUUGUCCCCAGUGCAGAGGCUUCUUGGCAUAUGCCAGCUCUGCUGCUCUGAGCAUUGUGCAUUUUUCAUUUCUUCUGGGUUGAAAUGAGAAUUUCCAUCCCAGGAAGCUUUCCCCACCCGAAACGUGUUUGCAGAGCAUACUAUAUGGGUGGGGAAACUGAUAAGAUCCUCUCACAGGCUUCCCCAGUUAUCGACUUUGGUCAGAUCAUCAUCUACACCAACAACCUGAAAAUCAUCCGUGCACCAAUGAACCAGAGAGAGCUUAUGAGAAGGAUCGUCCAGACAGAGGGGGUGAGCGACUGGGCCUUUGUGUACAGGGAAAGGAGAGAAAGAAUUGGUGCUGGACAUAAAAAGGAUGUGGAAAAGAAGGCUGUCUGCAAGCAGUAUGUGCAGGAAAGAGGUGCUGAGCGCACUUGCUCCCAGUGCAAAGGAUCAGGCUGUGCUCCUUGCUCGCUGUGCCAUGGCAGCAAGUUUUCAAUGCUGGCAAACAGAUUCAAGGAGUCCUACAGGGCUCUGCGCUGCCCAGCCUGCAACGAGAGCGGCGUGCAGCCCUGCCAGGUCUGCGCUGCGUGAUGGAGCUGCGCUGCACCCGGGUCUGCUGGGAGCUUUGCAUUAUUUCACUUCAAGCAGCUCUGCUCUAAUGGGAACUUUUUAAAGGUGGAGAAGUACCUUACGUGAGUUCGCCGUAAGUACGAACACAGCACCUCUGCUCCAUGCCGUUCCUCUUGUCUGUUGCACACAUUUGCUCAAUCAGAGCCCUGUCCUGCAAACGCACUGCGUGCAGCCCUGUGGGGUGAACGCAGCCACGUGAUGUGAUCUGCACGUGGGGGCUGAGACCCUGCAGGACUGCAGCCGGCACCGGGAGCUCACGUGGGCAGUGCCUGCAGCACUGCUAUGGCAGCAGAAGGCAGCAGCAGUGGGCACAGCUGGGGGUGGGUCUGCGCGACAGCAGCACAGAGCGGUGCCUCCUCUGGGCUUUAAUUUGCUGAACGCGUUAACAUCACGCCAUCGUUUGUAAUUACCUCUGAACUCGUGGUGUCACGAGCUUUUCCUGAAGAUUUUGCUGAUUCUUACAUCUGUUUUAAUGGACACAACGAUUCUUUUGGGGUUUGGCUUAUGGGGGGAAACUGAAAACUUUUCCCAAAUCAGGAGCCAUAGAAAUGUACAGUAAUUUAUCAUUACAACUAGAAACGAAUAAGCUUUUAGCCUGCUUAGGAGGAAGUGCUGAACUGAAAUUCCCCUCUCCACUGCUCAGCACUUUUCUGGAUCGGGCUGGCAGCGAGCAGGACUCCAGUUGCCCAAUGUUAAUCCCAUGAUGUAAUCUGCAGAAGGUAAACUCUAAUUAGUUAAGGUGGAGCAGAGAUGCUGAGUUCUUUGCAGGCUGCCCCUGGUGGUGCAGAACGCACAGGAUUCGGGAGGUGGAAGCAAAUGGGGGAAACGUGUUGUGUGUUUUUUUCUCCCCGAAGCCCUAAAUCAUUGCGCUGCAUAUUCAUGAGCAAUGCUAAGGCUGCAUUAACUUGCACCUUACCGGUGAGACUGAUGAGCUCAGCGCUGCCCACCUGCGCCGUGCUGAGGCUGCAGGCCCGGCUCACUGCCAGCUUUCUGUUUGCUGAUGGCUGCGAGGUUUCUCCAAACUGCUUCAACGGUUGGAAGCCCUCACAGCCCUCGGACUUCCACUGCUGGACCGCUGGAUUUUCUUAGCGGGGACUAAUGAUUUAAUUUUCAAACAAAGCGCACAAAAACGCAGCUGAUACUCGUUCCGCUCCAUUUAUCGCUUUGGGAUCUGCGGUGUGAAUACCGCAGCCCUUCGGCUGUUGGUGAGGGCAGAGGAAUCCUCGCGACUCCGAGAGCGACCGGAGCGCUCAGCCCCGCAGCGGCCGUUUGAUCCCUGCGGGCCGGCAUCAAAGCUCUGCGGUGAGAACAAAGCAGCGGGCGGAGCCGCUGCCUGAUCCUUCAACGUUGACGGCAGAGCUGAUGCAAGCGCUCGUCGCUGGGGUCACUGCUGCCUGCAGUGACUGCGCUGCUCUCGGCAGCCGUGCGGCCGGGCUGUGGGUGGCGGAUAAAGGCGGUGAUGUGGGGCUGCUGGUCGGACGCGGAGCCGAGCUCCUCACUAAGGGUCCCUGCAGCGCCGUUAUGGCCCCUAACGGGAACCGGGAUGUCCUCUGUGUGAAACCCCUACCUGGGCAAAAUCCGAAUUUCCUCAUGGGCUGAAAUGCCAGAACUUUGGUACACGUGCUUAGCCUAGAAUCUUUUAUUGAUCGUCUGUUUCUCUUAAUCGUUUACAGCUGCUCUUUUAUUUCCCUAGAACAGGGCCGUGGCAAAGAUACAUUUAAGGUUUUCUUUCUCUCUCUUUCUUUCUGUCUGUCUUUCCAAAAAAAGCAAACCCUAUUGCCUUUGUCCUGCUGUAGGAAUCCUGGGCCGUGUCUCCCCGCUCGGGCAUCGCACCCGCUGACAGCCCGGCUUACACUGCCACGCUAUGGCUGCCUGUGGAUGUGCUCUGAAACAGACCUGCAAACCUUUGAGCAAACUUGGGAGGGACGGCAGGGGCUGCCCUUUGCUGGUUCUCCUGGCAGCUGGAGGUCGGGGAGAAGCAGGGCUGCUUUAUUUCACUGUGGAACACAUGAGCCGGCAUAGGAAUGCAAAUAGAAAUCGUAUUCAGUGUUAAAUAAGAAGGGCAGUUGGAGGUGAGUAGUGAGGCUAAUUAUGACAGCCAGAGGCGCAGAGCAGAAAGGUUAAAAUAAUCCACAUUUCCAUGUGCCAGCAAAGUGCAUCACUUGCUUUUAACCAGAAACUCUGUAUGACUGAAGGGAGGAUUGCCACAGUUGCUCACAAACGCCACAGUUAAAGCUGAUUCCAGCGCUCCUGCUUUUGUUCUUCCUGCCGGGUUCUGUAGGUGGAAGCACGGGGUGCUGCAGGGAGGCACAGCUGUUCUCAGAGCCCGAAGUCAGACAGGCGGUUCGUGGGGCUGCGUCCAUCCCUUCCUGCCCACACGCACCCCUCGCACUGCCUGCACCGCAGCAUUUGUGCCUCUGCUGCUGGAACAUUGUUUUCAAUUCCCAUUUAUUCCCAACUACCACCUCUGCAACACAAUCAUAACGUGAAGGAACCUGGAGAGGUUUUGCAGUGUCACCACUUCAUUUCCUUGGAGUUGAAAAAGAAAGAACUGGGAUAUUUAUGCAUUUAAACGUUAUUAUAUUUUGCAAGUCUUUGAAGCUGUCAGUUUGAUUUAUGUGGGCUCCAUUUGAUUUUGCUGUAAAACCAGCCCUUCUCUGCUUCGAAAUAUUUCAUUUUUAUACAAAUCAUUACGUGUAACCUGCAGUGAUUUCUUUCUGCUGCUGAACACAGCGCUGCUGUUAAAGGCCUGCUAUUUCCCCCAAGUAACUUCUAAGAAACAUCACUGCGGAUGAAAACUGCUGCUUCUGAUAAGUGAUGGCACACAUUCCCAUUAGGAGAGGCAUGAGGGGUCUUAAUUCCCUGGAUUCAGCAUAAUGAGUAAUGGAAUCAAUUCUGUUUGUUGUUUCUUGUGGAAAGCAAUCAAUACAUUUGCAGGAAGAGCGAAUGAGAACAGAAAUUACUGAUUUUAAUUGUCUGUUUUUGCUAGUGGAGGAUGGGAUGCUCCAGCUCCGGUGAGCGGUGGGAUGCAGCAGAACGUGGCUGUGCUCGGGCACUGCUGGGCGGGGGCUGCGGGGCGGUCCGGGUGCGGGACUCUGUCCUGAGCGGCCACUUCUGGUGCUGGGGCACGGGGGAGGUGUGUGAGCCUGGAGCUGUGGCACUUGGGGACAUGGUUAGUGUGUGUGUGCUUGGGGUGGGUUGGGGUCGUGCUUGGUGAUCCGAGGGGCCUUUUCUAGCCUUAGUGGUUCUGCAAUUCUGUGAGGCGCUCUGCAUCCGUGCAGUGGGCUCAAAAAACACUCCUGACCGCCAGCUGCGGUAAAAAAAAGUCAUUUCGGUGGUACCGAUGGCUUAAAGACAGUCGCUCUGCGGUUCAAUGCUGAGGAUUUGUUUGGGGACCUCUCGCAGUGAUGGAGUCAGAUGUAAGCGGGCCGAUCUGGAGCCCUCCGUGGAGCUGCUCAGGAGCAGAUGGCCCGGGCAGCCCUCUGCGGGGAGCCGAGCCGAGCCGAACCGAACCGAGCCGA